AUGAAAAUGAAGACGCAGCUAGCGACAUUACCACCUAUUACAUCUGCUAUAGCUGUGGCGAUGGUAUGCGGUUGGGUUUAUGGUUAUAACACGGCAAUUAUAAGUGGCUUAAGUUAUACAUUAAUUACGAAUACAUACUUUAGUAAUACAAACAAUAGUGGAACAACAAGUGCACUACAAGGUCUUCUUACAGUGUGUAUUACGAUCGGCGCUGUAAUAGGUAGUUUUCUCGGUCCUUAUCUUGCCAACAUAUAUGGCAGACGACUAGCCUUAUUUAUUUGUGGCAUAUGUACUAUAAUACCUACUGUUAUAUUAGCCGUAACGAACACAUUUAUUGUUACAAUUAUAAUUAGAACCGUAUUAGGUAUUUCUGUUGGAUUUAGUUGUACAGUAGGACCAUUAUAUAUGGCAGAGAUAAGUCCAGUUUAUAUACGUGGUAGAACAGGUGUAUUAUACGAAGUAGGACUGUGUACUGGAAUAUUGUUAGCUAUGUUUAUUAACUAUAUUGUAACACCUGGAUUAACCGGUAGUGUCGAAAUAAAGCUAGAAACAUGGAGAUAUCAGUUAGAAUUUGGUUUAGGAGCUGUACCUGGACUACUACUGUGUAUAUUACCUAUCGUACUACAAGAAACAAGUAUACAUCAUCUAACUGCAAAAAAUAAGGUAGAAGCGAAUAAUAAUAAUAUCGAAGUAAAAAUAGAUAAUCCUCGAAUACACGAUAAUACUAAUGAGACUAACUCUGUUAGUUCUAGUAAUCAAAAAGAUAAUACAGAGGUUACACAACAAGCGAUACAACAUACGGCAGCUGUUGAUGCAACAUCGUCGGUAACAGCUAUAGGCCCUCGACACGGAUGGCGUACUUUAUUCACCACUAGACCAGGUUAUAAAUACUUAUUGGUAGCAUCUUUACUAUGUGUGACCGAUAUGUUGACAGGUAUUAAUGCUGCCUUCUAUUAUGCACCAUUGAUAUUUGAAGAAGCUAACUUAAAGAACGAAUUGCUAUAUACAUUCGCUACUGUCGGUACAUGGAAUUUGAUAAGUAAUAUAUUUCCUUAUUUCCUAGUCGACAGAUGGGGUCGAAGACCUAUAUUUUUACUAUCACUAUGUAUCAUGGCAGUAAGUACGCUGUUACUGGCAUUAAAUUAUAGUGUGUUUCCAAGUAAAGUUAGUUCACCAUUAGCAAUAGCAUUUCUACUAAUAUUUGUUGGUGGAUGGCAGUUAGGUACCGGUGCAUUAUUCUUCCUACUAGCAGCAGAAUUAUUUACUGAUUCGGUACGUGAAGAAGGUUUAACAUUUACAAAUGUGUUAUCGUGGUGUUGCAACAUUGCAUUCAGUUUUCUAUUUCCUGUCUUAACUGAUGCAAUACAUAUAAGCAAUGUAUUUUAUAUACAAUUUGCGAUCUGUUUAGUAUGUACAAUAUUAUCAUAUUUCUUUUUCUAUGAAACGAAAAAUCAAAGUUUUGCCGCUACACAAUUGCUCAUCAAACAAAUUAUGGUUCCGACAAAUGCACUCCAAGACUUGAAUGUGACAAAGUCAUUAGAAACUUCAUUUACAGCGAAAGAAUCCUACGAGAACUUCAAAGAGAUUUCCGAUACGGAUAAUGUUGGGAAAGUAGUCAUGUUCUAA